AUGAGAGAGGAAAUACAGCAACCCAGCAUCGCAGUGCGAAAGGGCACGGAUGCCAUGCGCUCUCGCCACGAACACUACAAUUUUGAUUGGCACCAGGAAUCCGUUGACAGUUUGAAAGCCGAGCUGCCGGUUGCUCAAAAGAUUUGCAGUCCCAAGAGCCAGUGGAAAUCAACACUUCUGUGGCUCUUCCUCCUGCCUCUGGCGGUGGGGACAGCUGGCUUGAUGUUUCAAGAGGUCAUGAUUUGGGAGGCAUUUUCUGCAGCUGCUGCCUUCGGGGAGAUUGUGCGCACUGUGUCUUUAGGCCUCGGAACCCCAAUGGAGCCUGCCAUUGAUCCUUGCCUGGAGACAAAGCAGCAGGCCAAGGCUCAACAAGAAAUGAUCUACUCCAUUUUAAAGGAGCUGAAGGAGAUCUUGUCUGACGAUGACUCUGCACAGAAUCGAGCCCACACGCAGCAAUGGGAGCGCUACCAUGCGCUUGUGACCCGCCAGGAUGCGUCCUUGGUGAAUGAGACGCUCGGUUACUUGCGGUUGUUUCAAGAGGCGCCGUAG